AUGAUUUUUUCGCGAUUUGACUCAUCAGAUGUUGACGAGUGUAGUGCUGACGUCAAUAUUUGUGGCUCUAAUGCAAACUGCAUUAAUACCAACGGCUCCUAUUACUGUUCCUGUCAUUCUAGUUUCACUAGAAGUGGCAAAGAAUGUGUAGGUAAGGACAUUUUGUAUAGAUUACUUUUGAAAUUACUUAUUCUAUUUGUGUGGGACACACAGAAGGCCUCUUGUUAGAGAACUUUGCUAAUUUUUAUAAACUGCUCGUCGUACAAGUUCACUUCAUGUUCAGUACUUGUUCGUCAUCUCUCUCUCAGAUUUCUUCCACCAUGUUCCUCUUGAUCGACUUCCUUACAGACUAUCAGUAGUAUAUCCGAGGAUGACUCUCAACAGGGCUGUUGAUGUUCUAUAGAGUACAUCAUCUGCCCAUUGAUAUCUCUUUUGUCAUAUUUUCUUAGUCAGCUCUUCAUUUUGGACAUAUGACUUUCAUCUUCUACAGUAGCGUCCCUUUUUUCAUAUUUCUCGUUAAAUAGGCAUCAAGCAGUCUUCAUAUACAAGGCUGAUAAUCCAAUACUGUAACAACCCAGAGCCAUAUUUUCUUCUCGAGGCAAAUACAAAGUCGAACUCUAUUUAUGAGAGAUAAAAUUUUUUACCUCCUAAUAAUGUUGGUAUUCUGUGAUCAAACAUAAUGUUUGAGGCAAGCUUGCCACCACUCCAGACGUAACUGUCAUGGCUAAGAACAGUUUUUGUACCCAUGAGAAUGUUUGAUAUUAAAAAAACCGCACGAAUGAUAAAAUUGUUUCAUAGCUAAGAUAAGCAAAGUCACAUAGUUUUUUUUUUCCAGAUGACAAAUAUAUAAAAUCAAUUCCGAAGGAACUUCUUUUGUACCCCUUAAGGAAAAAAGUCUUUCUGCGGAUUGGACUUUUUAAAACCAGUUUUAUCUUAGUUCCCUUGUUUUAAAUUAGGAGAUGAUAAAAAUUGUUUACCUAGAAAAGACUACUCCAUGAACUGUUCAGUGUGAACAGAUAACUUUUUAUAUUUCCCAGAUAUAGAUGAAUGCACAGCUGGUGUUCACAUUUGCCUUCGUGGAACAGCGACGUGCAUUAACACUAUUGGUUCGUACAACUGUACUUGUAACCUUGGUUAUGUUGGGGAUGGAAGAACAAGUUGUUAUGUGCAGUCAGCCGGUUAGUGGUUUUUUCUUUUAUAAGUAAUGUGAAAUUAUUUUACUUACAAUUGCAGAGGCUAGCAUUUUUUUUUCAUCUUAUACUAUCUCAGAUAUUUUCGUCUGACUUUAGAUGCUUCACUGAAGAUUGCUCUUCUUUAUUUUUUAGAAAUUAGGGCGGGUAAUGAUUCAAAAGAGUGAGUCGUGAGCCGUACAUAUAAAUAUUUUAUCUCAAAGAAAAUAAGAAUGAUAAUUUUACUCGAAUUGAGGUUCAAAGCUCUUUCCCACGCACAUGAUCAGAGGAGAAAAUAUCUUAAUAACAGAUUAAUGAACUGAUAAAAUGCAUGAAACAAGAAUGUUGUCAAUCAUUUCGAACUGUGUUGAAGCGAUUGAAUCUCCUAAAGAGUAUUAACAAGCUACAUAAGAAACGUAAAACACCAAGGAGACAAAUGAAAAUGAAAGAAAUGAAUCGAAACAACAAUGAGGUAGCGUUACUGUAACUCUUUAGCUGUGCAUUUAUCUGUUUUCUCUCAGAAUGUCAAAAUCCUGCAAGUCUCACAGAAGCUAACAGGAAAGAAACGUUCACCGGAGUUCUUUUAUGCGACAAUUCACUCGGUCCAAAUUGGUUUCGUUUCCAGGGAGCAGCCGGAAAUAAAAUGGCUGCCACAUGUGUUCCAACUUACCGCUGUGGAACGCAUGCAACUGGUUGGUUAAACGGGGUUCAUCCUACAGUGAGUGAGGGUAUAGUCACCAGGCAGGUCUGCUUUAAUUGGUCAGGAGGAUGCUGCGUCUGGUCCAUCAACAUCCAAGUAAGGAAUUGCAAUGGAUAUUUUGUGUAUUACAUCAGUGGUACACCUCCAGUGCAUCCCUGUCAUCUGCGCUACUAUGGUGCUGGCUAG